GUAUAUAAUGUGAGAGCUAGGGGAGUAUUGCUUCAUCCAGCCCUACACUGAGAUACAGCAGCCUCCUCGCCACUAAUCCACUAAUCCUCCAAAGAAUCGAAAAAAAAUGGCUUUCAAGGGAAUGCUUAAGGAUGAGGAUAUCGCUGCUGCCCUCCAGCAUUGCGCAGCUGCUGACUCCUUCAACCACAAGGAGUUCUUCGCCAAGGUUGGCCUGGCUGGCAAGUCUACUGAGGAUUUGAAGAAAGCAUUCUACUUUGUUGACCAAGACAAGAGUGGCUUCAUUGAGGAGGAUGAGCUCAAGCUGUUCCUCCAGACCUUCUCUGCUGGUGCCAGAGCUCUGACAGAUAAAGAGACCAAGGUCUUCCUUGCAGCAGGAGAUGCUGAUGGUGAUGGCAUGAUUGGAGUUGAUGAGUUCACCACCUUGGUGAAGGUAUAAGUCAUCUAUUAUUGGCUCGGUUUUCAUAGAACCACAAGUCUGCUGCUGAGGUUGUCCUGGCUUGCUGCCUGUCAAAUACUGCAUCUUUUUUAUAUUCAUUUUAUUUAUGAAUGUCACCCCACACUCCCAAAGCGUGUUGACUGUUAUGUUUUUUAACUACGUCAGCCGGUGUGCAGAAGUUUACCACCAGACCUUUUGCACUUUUAGAAAAUUGAAAUAAAUAUUCAUUUGGAUUAACAACGA